UCCCGUAUGCACAUUCGAGAUACAUCGCGUCGUGUAAUCCUUGGAACACAGCAGUUCCACCCGUCAGAUUUCGCAUCGCAAAUCAACCUUAACAUCGACAAUGCUUGGGGCAUUCUCCGUUGUAUUAUUGAUUUGUGUAUGAAGGAAGAGGAUGGCAAAUAUUUGUUGGUGAAGGAUCCUAACAAGCCCGUCAUUCGCCUUUACAAGGUGCCCGAUAUUACGUUUGAGAGCGACGAUGAAGCAUUUUUCGGAGAAGGAGAAGAAGACGAGUAACGGCUGAUACAAACAAAAGAACAGCUCUUCCACUAAUUCCCCAAUCUACAACAGUACUACGUUUGUAAUGAUCGUUACAUGGAAUAAAGCACUUAUGAAGCUUCCAGUUUA